CGCAUUUCAAAGUCAUGCUCAAUGCCCGUUCUCGUGUUCCAUUCCGAUCUCUUCUUCACCUUUAAUUGUAGGCCUUGAGCAGGACUCGGGAGUGGCUUUGGGCGACCUCAGGGUGCGCCCUGAGCGGAGCUGCGCACUGAUCUGAGCGCAUAGGUGGUGUCUGGAACAAUGGCUGUGUAGCGCCAGAGCAGACAAAAGACGCAAAGAAAGACCUCUCUUAGAUUUCUUUUUUUGCUUUUUUAAAAAACUAGUAAGAUGACUAUGCGAGUGAGACCCGGCUACUACCGCCAGGAAGUCAACAAAACCUCGUGGGAAGUACCGGAGCGGUACCGGGAUCUGAGGCAGGUGGGGACCGGGGCGUACGGGACGGUGUGCUCAGCACUGGACUCCAGAACUGGAACCAAGGUGGCCAUCAAGAAGCUGUACAGGCCGUUCCAGUCUGAGAUCUUCGCUAAGCGGGCCUACAGGGAGCUGAGGCUCCUCAAACACAUGAAACACGAGAAUGUGAUCGGCCUGUUGGAUGUGUUCACCGCUGACCUCUCUCUGGACAGAUUCCAUGACUUUUAUCUGGUGAUGCCGUUCAUGGGCACCGAUCUGGGGAAGCUGAUGAAGCUGCAGAGACUGUCGGAGGAAAAAAUUCAGUAUUUGGUUUAUCAGAUGCUCAAAGGGCUGAAGUAUAUUCAUUCUGCUGGUAUAAUUCACAGGGACCUCAAACCAGGAAACCUCGCCAUCAACCAAGACUGUGAGCUCAAGAUCUUAGACUUCGGCUUAGCGCGGCAGGCAGACAGCGAGAUGACGGGCUACGUGGUGACUCGCUGGUACAGGGCGCCGGAGGUCAUCCUGAGCUGGAUGCACUACACUCAGACGGUGGACAUCUGGUCAGUGGGCUGCAUCAUGGCGGAGAUGCUGCAGGGAAAGCCUCUUCUGAAAGGCAGCGACCACCUCGAUCAGCUGACUGAGAUCAUGAAGCUCACGGGAACACCAAGUCAGGAGUUUAUAUCGAAGCUAGAAUCGGAGGAUGCAAAAAGCUACAUCAAAAGUUGUCCAAAAAUGGAAAAGAAAGACCUUCAGAAGCUGUUUUGCAACGCUAACCCACACGCCGUGUCUGUGCUGGAGCGCAUGUUGCUGCUGGAUCCGGAGAGACGAGUAAACGCUGGUGAGGCUCUCGCGCUGCCGUACUUCGCCGAGUUUAGAGAACCAGAGGAGGAGACGGAAGCGCAGCCGUACGACCACUCGCUAGACAACGCAGAGCUGACCCUGGACCAGUGGAAACGUCACACCUUCACAGAGAUCUUGACUUUCAAGCCUGUUUUGCUGGAAUCCAAGGAAACCUCGCUGUAAGACACAAAGAGCUGACUGUGCAGCCUGGGACCAGAACAAACCAACAAGUCUUUUUAUGUCCAUCCCGACUGGGAACACGCUUUGAUCACGAUGCUUAAUGAACAUCCACCGACACGGCUCUCUUUCAGCACUUCCCACAAAGUUGAGGAUAUUUUGUUCGCUCACUUUGAGCCCAGAUCAGAAGUAUUUGGACAGCUUCAGC